AUGCUGGAUGAAGGCCCUAAAAUGGAUAUCACAUGGGUUCAGCGAGUUAAGGAGGAUUUGUAUCCGAAGCCGUCACUAUCGUCCAAGCCGGACCCAGAUCCCGAAGUCUCUGCUGCACUCUGCGCGCGCGAGCCGCAGCCAGUGCACGAAGCCGUCGCUGUUGUCAGCCGGUGCCCGACGUGCCGUUACCGUCCGAGGUGCUGCCUGCGACCGACGUUGCUGGUGCCAUCCGAGCUGCAGCGAAUUCCCGAAGUUGCCGCAGCCGCCCAAGCCGCGGCUAGUGCCCUCCGUUCGCCUGCAGCCGCCACGAGUGGCCGAAGUCGCAGUCCCCUCCGCGCACACGAGCCGCAGCCAGUGCCAGAAGUUGCUGCUUCUCUCCGCGCGACCGAGUCACAGCCUGUGCCUGAAGUCGUCGCUGCCGCAAGUAGUGCCCCAGUUCGCGUGAAGCCGCUGGCAGUGAUUGAAGUUGUCGCUGUCUUACGUGCGCCUGACGUUGAGACUAGGACCGUGUCGAAGCUCCCCCUUCAGGUGGAGACGACGCCACAGAAGGUGGUGCGUAGAGCUCUAUCUGAUCCGACUCUCUCCUAUCUUACUGUUUGUUUAACCUACUAUUCUUCUUGUUCCCAUGUGUGCAGAAGACUAAGCUGCCGACGAAGGAAGAGUAUGGCAUCAACGGAGCUGAAGCGGAUGCCCUACGAGCGCGCCAUACAAUGGCGGAACGCGGCAUUGGGUAUUGUUGAUGACUUUACGGGGGGAACGUGGGGUCAUGAUAAGUGCAUGGUGGUGUUACGUGGAUUGCCUGGGUGUGGUAAGAGCACGUUCGGGGACAUUCUCGCGAGGGAAUUCCGGGAGGAAUUUCAUUUUUCGGCCAACUCAGAUAUGAAUGACCGCAAGGUGCGAGUGUGUUCGGGCGCGCUACAUCAGAUUCAAGAAGGCCGUGACGAUCCGCAUGCUGGAAGCCUUUUCCAGCAAGACGUGGCAAAUUCACUGCGGAUGUCAGAUGUAGUGAUUGUUGACGAUCUGAAUGUGGCGAUGGAUGCGUGCGAAUAG